AUGGAUUUCGCGGGCAGCGCCAUCGUGCACUUGACGGGCGGCGUGAGCGCUCUGGCAGGCACUGUCGUGCUCGGCCCGCGCAAGGGUCGCUUCGAGAACCCGGAGGAGUUCGAGUGCCACAACUUGCCCCUGGUGGUGCUGGGCACCUUUGCACUUUGGUUCGGAUGGUAUGGCUUCAACCCGGGUUCCACUCUGGGCAUGCACACGGGAGACACCGGGGCGAUGGCAGCACAAGUGGCCAUGAACACCACCUUGUCUGCGGCCACCGGCGGCAUCACAGUCUUCAUUCUGAGAUAUGCCAUCAUGAGGAAGUACGACGUGGGUGGCCUCUGCAAUGGUAUUCUGGCAGGCCUUGUGUCCAUCACAGCCGGAUGCGGCAACGUGGAGUGCGGCAGCGCCUUCGCCAUUGGACUGAUUGGUGCCUUUGUGUACCAGGGCUCGUCCAUGCUCUUGCAGAAGCUGAAGAUCGACGACCCCGUGGAUGCCAGCCCAGUGCACGGCUUCUGUGGCAUCUGGGGUGCGCUGGCUGCCGGACUCUUUGACUGGGGCAAGGGUGUUGACCACUACCAUGGCUGGUCUGGCUUUGGUUGCAAGCCAGUGAGCGACACCGACUCGUCGUGCAUGACCGGCAUCGGUGGCACCGCCAUUGCUGCACAGCUCAUCAUGGUCCUCGUGAUCAUCGGUUGGGCUGGAACUUUGUCGGGUCUGGCUUUCUUCAUCCUGAAGAAGACCGGACUGCUGCGCAUCGACGAGUACACGGAAGAAGUCGGAAUGGACGUCAAACAGCACUCGCCACCGAAAGCCUACGCAAUCGGGGCUCCGGCCGCCUUGCGCAAGAAGCUGGGUGAUCUCGAGGACGAACUCGAUGCAGUCACCGAAGCUAAGGUUGAGCUGGAGGAACAGGUUAACAGCCUGAAAUCGGAGCUGGAGGCUGCAAGAGGUGAAGACCUGAGAGCUGCACUGCAAGAUCUGCAGGCACGGCACGAGUCUGAGUUGAAGAAGGCAGAGUCAGCAAAAGAAGAACUUGAGCAGGCCCUCAGCUCCAAAGCGGACUUGGAGGCAAAAGUCGCCGCUCUGCAAGAAGCGGUGACGAGUCCUGUCGCGGCAGACGCAGCAUCUGGGUCACUUGCUGAUGAGCGUGCCCGCAGCGAGAAGUUGCUUUCGGAGGUGCGCGAGCUGACUGCCCGAAACGAUGCUUUGGAGGAGCAGCUUGCCUCCAGUGCGGAAGGAGAGCGCCAGCACUCCGACCUGCGAGAGGAGCUGGAGCAAGAGCGUCAGCAGCGGCAGAGCCUUGAAACAGAACUUCAGGAUCUUCGAAGGGCCCGCGAUGAUCUGGACGACGCCCUGGAAAAGUCGCGUGCAGAGCGAAAGGCAGAUGGGACGGAGUGCGAGCGACUGUCCCGAGUAUGCCAGGAACUGGAAUCCGACCGAGACAUGGCACUGGAGCGUAUGCAAUCUGCCGAGCGCCUUGCGGCCGCCAAGUCCGCCAACCUCGAGGAGAUGCAGAGCGCGAGAGCCGCCGAGGCGGCGCGCGCAGAUGCUUUGGCAAAGGAGUUAGAGAGACGGACGGCUUUGACAUGUGCUAUGCUGGCCGCCGGGAUCUUGAGAGUGCUGCGAGAAAGCAGGCUGCGGUCUGGGUUCGCACGCCAUGCUGCCGCUGGUGCUCGCCGGUGGCCGGAGCAGAGCCUCAUUUUCGAGCCUGUUUGGGAGCCGCAGCCGAUGCAGUUGUCGAUAAUGCGAUAUGCGAACAUGUUCGAGACCUAUUUCGUCCUUCGAGAGGCUAAGCAGCGUGUCGUCGGUGGACAAACAUUUCAAGAUGUUGAUAGCCCGGUUCUGAGCACCCGUUUGCUUACAAGGGCAAGCAGCGCUGAGCUCUGCUCGCUUCUGUCGCCAUGCGUUGCUGCUCUGCAAUCCUUUGACACGUGCAGCGCUACACGCGACGGACUGCAGCCCAUUAGGAUGCAGUGGGCUUUGGUGCUUUGCAGUGCACUGGCUGUGCAGGCUGAACCUGCUGUAGAGGUGCACAUUGUCCCCCACACACACGAUGAUGUGGGCUGGCUGAAAACUGUCGAUGAAUACUUCACGGGCCAGAACAACUCCAUUCAGCGCGCCUAUGUGCGCCUGAUCCUGGACACGGUGGUUCGCUGUUUGGAGCAGAACCCGGACCGGAAGUUCACCUACGUUGAGACGGCCUUCUUCGCUCGAUGGUGGAGGCAGCAGGAUAAGUCUACCCAGCAGCUGGUGAGGCGCCUUGUCAGCUCCGGGCAGUUGGAGUUCAGCAACGGUGGCUGGUGUAUGCAUGAUGAAGCAGCGACCCACUUCUUGGACAUGAUUGACCAGACAACCUUGGGGCACAAGUUCCUCAUGGAAGAGUUGGGUGCUGCUCCUCGGACUGGCUGGCAGCUGGACCCUUUUGGGCACUCGUCGACGCAAGCUGCACUCCUCUCGGCUGAAGUGGGCUUCCAAGGGCUCUUCUUCGGCCGCAUCGAUUACCAGGACCUCGAAUUGCGACGGGAGAAGAAGGAGGCAGAGUUCAUCUGGCGGGCUUCUCCAUCCCUCGGUGCAGAUGCGCAGGUCUUCACGGGCCUCACAGGCGAGUACGGAGGAAAUUAUGGCCCACCAGCUGGCUUUGACUGGGAUGUGACUAGCACGGACGAGACAAUCCAGGACGACCCUGCUCUGGAGGAUUACAACGUGAAGUCGCGGGUGGACGACUUCGUGGCCGUUGCAAUGGUUCAGGCAAAUCAAACUCGCGGCCGUCACAUCAUGAUGACAAUGGGCUCUGAUUUCCAGUACGAGGAUGCUUUCACGUGGUUCUACAACCUGGACAAGCUGAUACACCAUGUGAACGCGGAUGGUCGUGUGCACGCGUUCUACUCGACCCCUGGAAUGUAUGUCGAUGCCAAGAAAAGCGAAAAGAUCACUUGGCCCAUGAAGGAGGACGACUUUUUCCCUUAUGCGGAUGGCCCUCAUCAGUUCUGGACGGGUUACUUUACGUCCCGUCCGGCACUCAAGCGAUACAUUCGAGACACCAGCGCGUUGUUCCAGGUGCUUAAGCAGAUCAGUGUGAUCAGCAACCAGCCGGCCUCCCAAAUGGAAGGCUUGAACGCGUUGGCAGAGGCCAUGGGAGUUGCGCAGCAUCACGAUGCUGCGAGUGGAACUGCCAAGCAGCAUGUGACCUUCGACUACGCCAAGCGCUUGGCCAGAGGAAGGGCGGCUGCUCUUCAAGGCGUGUCUGCGCCCUUAAAGCAGCUCACGCAAGCCCCCGCCUCUUCCGACUUCGUCUUCUGCGACCUCCGGAACGUCUCUGUCUGCGCCCCCACUCAAGCCGUCGGAAGGACCACUGAGAGGAGCUGCUUUACCCUUUGGAACGGCUUGGGCCACGCCCGGGAGGAGCUCAUAGAGCUGCCCGUGAGUACGGCGAAGCUGGAAGUGGUGAGUGGCACCCGUGGUGCCCAGGGGGCCGUGGAGUUCCAGAUUGUCGAGUCACUGCCCUCUGUAACGAACUACGGCGCUCCUGCAGGAGGGGCCAGCAAGACGCUGCUGGUGGCUGUGAAGCUGCCGGCUGUCGGACACGCGAGCUACUGCCUUCAGACUGCAGGCGUUGCAGCACCCACCGCGAAGCUCGCAAACAUCUCCCAAGGAGCUUGUCAGGCCCUGGAGAACGAGAACCUGAAGCUUUGGUUCUGCGGUGGUAUGCUGGCGAAUAUCACAGACAAGCUGAGCAAGACUUCUACACGUGCUGAGCAGUCGUGGAUGUGGUACAAAGCAUCCGUGGGCGACGCAGCGAGCUCUCAGGCCAGUGGUGCCUACAUCUUCCGGCCCAGCCGCUCUCAGGCAUUUCCGGUCUUUACCGGCUUGCCCUUCAUGCGCGUGUUCCGCGGUCCGCUUGCCGACGAGGUGCACCAGCAGGUGGGUUCCUGGAUCUCGCAGCGGACUCGCCUGGCCCGCGGUGCAAGGCAUGUUGAAAUUACAUACACAGUGAGUAAUAUUCCGGUCGAUGAUGGCUGGGGGAAGGAGAUCGUUUCCCGCAUAAGCACCGACAUCAAGACUGGCGGCACCUGCUACACAGACAGCAACGGCCGGGAGAUGUUGCAAAGAAAACGAGACUUCCGGCCGACGUGGAAUUUGACGCAAACCGAGGAGGUUGCAGGAAACUACUUCCCUGUGACAACCUCCCUGUUCAUCAGGGACACGGCUGCCCAGCUCACGGUCCUCACGGAUGUCGCCCAGGCCGGCACCGGCUGCAUACGAGAUGGUGAGAUCGAGCUGAUGGUACACCGUCGGCUGCUGCAGGAUGAUGGCCGUGGUGUUGGCGAGCCGUUGAAUGAAACAGAGUUCGUGACCCCCUAUGUUGGAGACAAGAAUGAUCAGGGCCGCCACUACGGAGCUGGCCUUGUGACCCGGGGACUGCACGUGCUCCACUUUGGGCCGCCGGCCACAGCUGCGGCCACAUGGCGGCCUCUGAUGGACCGCAUGUACAUGCCGGUGCAACCCUUCUUUGGAGGCGGCAAGGCAGCGCCAAGCGUCGGAUCCUCCUCUUUGCAGGGUGACCUACCGCCAAGCUUGCAGGUGCUCACACUGUCGCAGUGGGAUGAGACGCAUAUUCUUCUUCGAAUCGGACAUCAGUUCGGGAUCGGCGAGGACUCCGAGUUGUCCAAACCGGUGUCUGUCGACAUCAAGUCGCUUUUGGUAGGUGCAACCGUCCUCUCCAUUGAGGAGCGAGGAUUGGCUGCAACUAUCACCAGGGAUGAAGUCGAGCAGCGUCGUAUCCCUUGGCAUGUGGAAGGGUCGACCCAGUCCAAACAGCGCUCCGACGUCUUCACCUUUGGUCCGCUUCAAAUCAGGAGUGCAGCGAACCAGCGAGCUUUGAAUCCCGCUGAGUCGCAGCUGGAAAAAGGGGGUGACAGGGCCAAGGAGCGGCCAACGGGCGCGCAGAGGUGGGACCUCCUCCCACACUACUGCCAGGUCCUGCAGGGUCGGAGGGCUGAACACAGCGGCCGUGGCUGGCUUCAGGUGACGACCCGUCUUGCGGCAGAGGAAACUUGGACCUCGAAAGGGAGGUCCGAUCAAUCUCCUCGGAUCCGCGAGCACUUCGUGGUCUUCGAGCUGCCUCGUGAAACGAGCGGGGUCGCAGAGGUGCAGAGUGCGAAGCUGGCUCAGCUGCAGGCCGAGCUCCAAAAGAGCACUCAGGCACACGUUGAAGAGCAACGGAAGGCUUCCGACUUGCAGGUCUGCUUGGGCAUGGCUUGGCUAGCGCCCAUGCGUUUGACUUACCCCGCACUGCUGACAUGA